AUGGCGACUGUUUACGGCAACAUAUUAAAGUGUGCGGUUACUGAUGGCCUGGAGGGUGAGGACAAACGUCGUAUGGAGUCUGCUGCUCCGCGCUUUGCACGCAUCAUGGCCGGUUGUGAGCCGUUAGACGUCGAGCCACGAGAGCCCGCUGUAGUUGAGCCGAAUCUGGAGGGACCUGUUUGUGGGGGGCCGGUUCCUGGCAUGUUGGAGGAUGAUGAUCCGUCCGACUUGGUCCUGGAUGGUUCUGCUACUAUCUCGAGCGUCGAUGAUAUGGUAUGCGGUGACCCCGCAAUGCGGGACGAUGUAACGGCCAGCACAGGGACAACCCCUGGGGGUACUCUGAUGUGUGAUGAUAGUGGUUGGAACAAGGCGUCCAGUAAUACCGAAGCCAAUAUAGGGCCUGCCGUCGAGGGCAUUACAUGGUUGUCAUCUGGGAGGAAUGUGAACACAACGUGUAGUGGUCUGCAGGAUACGAGUGGUUGGUCUAAAAGACAUAGUGAGAUGUCAGAUCGUGGGUUAGUCGCGCCUAAGGGUGUGGUCGAUAGUGUAGAUGAUUCGCUCGGCGCGUGCAAAGAGCAUAUAUCUAAGAUGUGUUGGCAGCAACGCAUGGCACAGCGGGAAGUUGAGGAAGGAGCCCCAGGGGGGUAUUGA